AUGCCCAAACAUAAAAAGCUAGUUGCAUCUGAAAAUGACGUACAUAUUGACGUGGAAAAUGAUGAUGAAAAUGCAGAGGGAAAUGCAGAUUCUGAGGAUGAAGAAAACUGUCCUCCUAAAAGACGGGAGAAAAACUGGAGAGUGCCAGACAUGAAGCCAUGGCUAGCUGAAAUUAAUUCUGAUGAUGAGAAAAAUGCAACUGAGGACGUUAACGAAGAUGGUGAAAAUAUCCCUGGGGGUCGGAGGGGAAGAAAGGGCAGGAAUGGGGCUCGAGCAGCCAAGAAAAAAGCAAACGAUAACAAGAAGAAGGAUAAGAAGAAAAAAGAUGAAGGCUCCGACUCCGAGGAGGAAGACAUAACAGAGGAGGAACUUGACAAACUAAAGGAAGCAGUAGAAGAGAAAAAGAAAUUGAUUGCAACAAUAAGAAACAAACCUUGGAAUAUGAAAAAGAAGUUAGAGGUUCUGAAAGAAGCACAAGCGUUUGUGGAGAAAUUUGAAGGUGCACUUGGAAAAGGAAAAGGGAAAAAGUUUUAUGCAUACAAGGUCAUGAUGCUUAAAAAAUGGAUGAAAUUCCAAAGAGAUUUUGAAAAUUUUAAAACUGCCUGUAUACCUUGGGAAAUGAAAAUUAAGGAAAUUGAAAGUCACUUUGGCUCAUCUGUAGCAUCCUAUUUUAUAUUUCUUCGUUGGAUGUAUGGCAUUAAUAUGAUACUCUUUGGACUGACUUUUGGCUUGGUAAUGGUACCUGAGGCUUUAAUGGGCAAGCCUUAUGGUUCAAUGGCCAGGAAGACUGUUCCUAGGGCUGAGCAGCCAACUGCAAUGAAUUUUGCUACUCUUUGGGAUUUCAGUGGAUUUGCACAGUAUUCUGUCCUAUUCUAUGGUUAUUACAACAGUCAGAGAACCAUUGGUUGGUUGCAGUUUCGGUUACCCCUGUCAUAUUUACUCGUUGGAAUUGGAACCAUUGCAUACAGUUUCAUGGUUGUUAUCAGAACAAUGGCCAAAAAUGCUAAUGAUGAUGGAGGAGGUGAUGACAACAGCUUUAAUUUUAGCUGGAAAAUGUUUACAAGUUGGGAUUAUCUUAUUGGCAACCCAGAGACAGCUGACAAUAAAUUUGCAUCAAUAACCACAAGCUUUAAGGAAUCCAUUUUGGAAGAACAGGAAAACAGAAAAGAGGAAAAUAUUCACUUAGUGCGGUUUCUUAGAGUUCUUGCAAACUUUCUUGUAAUGUGCACUCUGGCAGGAAGUGGAUAUCUAAUUUACUUUGUUGUACGGCGGUCCCAGCAGUUUGCCUUGGACGGCCUGGAAAAAUAUGGUUGGUGGGAGCGUAAUGAAGUGAAUACAGUUAUGUCUUUGUUAGGGAUGUUUUGCCCAACAUUGUUUGAUGUAAUUAGUGGACUGGAGAACUAUCACCCAAGAAUAGCACUGAGGUGGCAACUGGGACGCAUAUUUGCCCUGUUUCUGGGUAACUUGUACACAUUUCUUAUUGCCCUCAUGGAUGAAAUUAAUCUUAAGAGGGAAGAAGAGAAGAUUGUACAAUAUAACAUGACACUGUGGGAAGCCAGUCUUUAUAACGCAUCAUAUUCAGAAAAUUCAACAGGCCCUCCUUUUCAGGCUGAUCCGGCUGAUGUUCCUCGGGGACCAUGCUGGGAGACAAUGGUGGGCCAGGAAUUUGUUCGUUUGACUGUUUCUGAUAUUAUGACCACUUAUAUUACAAUUCUUACUGGAGACUUUUUGCAAGCCGUGUUUGUACGUUUUUUUAAUUAUUGCUGGUGCUGGGAUCUGGAAUAUGGAUGGCCAUCAUAUUGUGAAUUUGAUAUCAGCGGUAAUGUGUUGGGAUUAAUUUUCAACCAAGGAAUGAUCUGGAUGGGAUCAUUCUAUGCACCAUGCCUCCCAGCUAUCAAUGUAUUUCGGCUUCAUACUUCCAUGUACUUGCAGUGCUGGGCUGUUAUGUGCUGCAAUGUUCCUCACGCAAGAGUGUUUAAAGCCUCCAGAUCUAACAACUUCUAUAUGGCCAUGUUACUGUUUAUCCUCUUCCUGGCUAUGUUACCAGUCAUCUAUACUAUUGUAUCAAUUCCACCAUCAUUCGACUGUGGACCAUUCAGUGGCAAACAGAGAAUGUUUGAAGUCAUACAGGAGACCCUAAAGCAUGACUUCCCUGCAUGGUUUGCAAAAGUAUUUAGCUAUGCUUCAAACCCUGGACUGAUUUUGCCGUUUAUCCUGCUGAUGGUUAUGAGUAUUUACUACCUGAAUGCCACAUCAAAAGCAUACCAGGCAUCAAACCUAGAACUCAAGAAAAAACUGCAAAGCCAAGCUGAAGAAAAUAAGAAAAGGAGCAAGAAGGUUGCUGAAAAAACUAUGGAGGUGCAAGAGGAAUCAACUGGGAUUUCCCCUGAUCAUAAGAAGGAAGGGGGGGCUGAUUCAACAAAAAAACCUUCAAAGAACGAUAAAAAUUCAGCAACAAAGAACCUUGAAGUUCCACCUCGAAUAGCGGUAACAAAGCCACCAGGACCUGCUGGACAUUCUCCAAGACCUCAAGUAGUCCAAAGAGGAUAGCAGGAUAACAGAAGAAUGUGUUGAUAAAACGUGUUUACGCUUUUGCU